AAUGCUCAAAAUCGAAAUUGUAAACCAGGCCAGGCCCGGAGAAUGCGGAUGCUCUUAUUCAGUGGCACUCUUUUGUUUUCGGACCAAAGCCCAUCAUCAUAUGAUCCUGGGUCUUGGGCUCAGGCCUGUUAGCAAACUGGUAGUCUGGCGCAAAUACACGUUUUUUUUUUUUUUUUGAAAGUUUGGGGCAAAUACACUUUUUUUCGGAAAUAUUGGGCAAAUACACUUGCAAGUGCUAAAUGCCCAUAUCUAUUUUGAAGUUUGAAAUGCACUAUUUUCCCUCUCGAAGCCUCUCCCACAUUCGGAGGAAGAACACAAACUGUUUGUGAAAAUGCCCCAGCGAAAUUCCAUCGACUGUAAACAGUCUAUCAACACCACACUCCGAAGAUCCCCGAGACUUCUUCAAACCAAUCACAUUGAACCAGAACAUCCGAAGACCCCAAAACCCAAAUCGAGUACUAAUCGGCUCACUCAAUGCGAUACUCCCUCAAGCAGCUCAACACAGAAGGUUUUUCAGAAGAAGGCCCCCAAGCGUUACCCAGAAGAAAAUCCAAAGAAGGUGAAGGCAUCAGAUGCUGUGUCGAAAAGUUCCUCAAAGACAAAUACUGGGUCGAGAAGAUCUGCUAGAUUCGAUGGUGGGGUUAAAGGGUUUAGUUGUCUCCGACGUUCUCCAAGGUUUUCUGGAAACUCCGCUCACAAUACGUUCAAGCAAGAGGGUUUAUCAGAUGCGGGUAAUGUCAAAUUGGGCAUUGAUUUGCAUAAACAAUCUGUGGGUAAACCACAAAAGAGGGUGACUCGUAGUUCUACUAAGGAUAAUGCCAAUGGACUUGUUGAGAAGACUGGCAAUGAUGAGAGCAAUGGGAAUAUGUCACCUGCUUUAACUGACAUUUUGGAUAAAGGGGAUUUAUCAGAUGCAGAGAGAGCAAAGGUUGGUGCUAGUUCAUGUGACCAAUCUGCAGGCCAAUUGAGAAAAAAGAGGACUUUUAGGUCUGUGGCAUCUUCGAAGGUUGUAGUGGGAGGACGGGAAAGGAACGUGAGAGAUAUUGAUAAAGGAAGGAAAGAGAUUGGGGUUAAGAGGAAGAGAAAUCAAGCUGAGGAAGGUUGUGGGACUUUUCAGGGCUGGACUAACGAUCAAGAAAUUGCGUUGCAGAGAGCUUAUUUUGCCGCAAAACCGACGCCUCAUUUCUGGAAGAAGGUUGCAAAGCUGGUACCUGGAAAGUCUGCACAGGAUUGUUUUGAUAAAAUCCAUUCUGACCACCUGACUCCAGCUCAACCUGGAACCCGUUUGAGGGCAAACAUAACAAACUCAUCAUCAUUUUCACUUUCUGCAAGUAACUUUCUCAAAUCUGCGGAGCCAAAGAUUAAAAGGCGGACUUGCAGUAAACAGAAGAGACAUCUUGCUCAGAAAACUGUGAGAAGAUUACUACAAAAGCAUUAUCAUGUUGACCAAGAUUAUGAAGCGGAUCUAUUCUCAGUUCUUGAGUCCACCUUGAAUAUAUCAACUCAAGCUUCUCAACAGGAUGUAAUACUUUCCACUCCUGAAUGUGGACAAGGAAAACGUGGAUUACUUAAAAAGUACCAGGGAUCUUCUUCAGCCCGAAAGAAGCACAUUUCACGCCUCAGUGGCUCAUUAGUGGCCACUCUGGUGAGUCCCCCGGUUCUGAAGCAGGUUAAAAACAAGGCCUUACAUGAAAAAUAUAUCGAUCAGUUGCAUUGCAGGGAAGCUAAGAGAAAGGCAGCAUCUGCACGGACAGCAAAAUCCAUUCGAAGUAAAGAGGGUAGAAAAGAGAGCCUGAAUCAGGGUGCAAUUGAAGCUGCAAAAAAUGCCCUGGUUUCUGAUGCUAGAGACGUUAUUAGUCGCUUCCAACAUUUGAAUGCCAAUGUCACGAGCAACUUAUCUGAUUUUGAUGAUGAUGAUGAUGGAGUUGAUAGUGAUAAUGAUGAAAGUGAAGAGGGAAGUUAACAAAGUCCUUUUCCCCUUGUAUCAAUACAUCUGACUCUCUAGACCCGACAAUGGCGGGAGCCUCGUACAUUAGGCUAGCCCUUUAUGUAGUUUAUACUAAAUGGAGUUGCAUCUCUAACUGCUGACUCAUUGUAUGGAGUCGUACUUCUGUAAAAAUAGUCCUGCAUUUGCUGGUUCCAUUCCUGGCUAAUUCUUUUGUCAUUUGUUCUUGA